GAGAGCGAGAGAGAGAGAGAGAGCGUGAGAGCGAGCUAGCCAGCCAGCCAGUGAGACUAUAAGUGGAGUUAGCUGUUCAAGCGCAGACCCAACCAACGGCACUGCAGAAGUCACAGCAGCUAGAUUCUACUCAGUCCUCCAAAUUUCAUUUAAGGGGAUUUUUCUUUCACAUGUUGGCAAGAGGAGCCAUUUGUGGGUCAUCCCUGAAGAUGGAAGGAGCCUUUCUGCUGAGAGUUGAAUCCCAGCAUCUCGGCUGAGUCUCAGAUCACAUAGCGCAAGGACCCAAAAUUCUGCGAAAGAAAUUCAAUAUAUUAUUAAAGGAAACAGUUAGAGGACCAAGGGAUUUUAAUCUGCUGUGAUAGGAAGCCCAAGGAUAUAAUUGGUUUUGAGCUUAAAUAAUCAAGAAGACUGCCUUUCAUUACUGUGCAACUGGCUGGAAUGUGUCCAAGUGAAUGAAUGAAGACUGAGGAAUGACAGCAAAACCAGUGACACAUAGCUGUGGCGCACACCGCUAUCAUUAAGGCAUCUGGUCUCAUUUUCCAAAAGGGUUUAUUGAUCACGAUACGUCUGAACGACCUGGAGCAUCUCGCUUCUGAAUGAGAAUCCAGAGAGUGAACUAUUGUUCAAAAGGAUGGGCUUUUGAAGAAGUGAAAAUAUCCCAGGAGCAUUGAAGAAAAACCUCGAUUCCUUCUCCUUCAUUCAACUUUUAUUUGUCAAGUGCUUCCAUUUGUUAAAAGCAAUGAACACAGAUAUGACAGGAACUGAUCCACUGCUGCUGGUUAUAUUUGAAACUAAUGGUAGCCACUCCUCACUACUAGAACUGUGUUAAGCGUUAGUUGCUGCUUUAUCAAGAAUGGCCCGUGUUGGGCUGUUAGUGGCAAUUGUUCUACUGAGCCAGAUUGGCAACGCAUGUGGAGAUUGCUGGCUGAUUGAAGGGGAGAAAGGUUAUGUUUGGCUGGCCAUCUGCAGUCAGAACCAACCUCCUUACGAGUCCAUUCCUCAGCAUAUUAACAGCACUGUACUGGACCUUCGCCUCAACGAGAACAAGCUGAAGGUUCUCCUGUACAGUUCCCUCAGUCGCUUCGGCAACCUAACUGACUUGAACCUGACGAAGAACGAGAUUAGCUACAUCGAAGACGGGGCAUUUUUGGUUCAGUCUAAUCUGCGUGUGCUACAGUUGGGCUACAACAAGCUGACCAACCUCACGGAGAACAUGUUCCGAGGACUAACCAGGCUGGAGUACAUGUAUGUCCAGCACAACCUGAUCGAGAGCAUCUCGGUCAACAGUUUCUGGGAGUGCCCCAACCUCAUCAGCAUUGACCUGUCUGCCAACAGGUUGGCGAAACUAGAGGGCAGCACGUUCACCAGCCUCAGCGGUCUGAUGGUGUGUGAGCUGGCAGGUAACCCGUUCAACUGCUCCUGCGAGCUGGUUGGCUUUCUCAACUGGCUUGCCGAGUUCAACAACAUCACCAAGACCUACGAUCGGCUUCAGUGUGAGAGUCCAGCAGAAUACGCGGGCUACCCUCUCCUGAGCCCAAGGCCCAACAGCCACCGGAAUGCCAUCACCCUCCUUGCUUCCUCUUGCCGGAACGGUGUCAAGAUCAUUCCAUUCUCUACGCCCAUGGCUUCCAAAGACCCUGAAACCUACUCUUCGGGGAUUAACCCGGCCGAAUUCUCGUCAACAGAGCCGAUUACAACAUUCACAUUGGACGCCUCGAAUAGCCCAACCAUCAAACUGCACCACGUGACCAUCACCGGAGCCACCCUGGUCGUUCAGAUCCCUUCUCCCUACAGCAGAAUGUACAUCCUAGUUCAGUACAAUAACAGUUAUGUUUCAGACGUCACCAACCUGCGCAACCGGAAGGAAUACAUUAAGCUGGAGAAGCUGAAGGCCCUGACUGAUUACACCUUCUGCGUGGCUUCCAUCCAGAAGUCACAGAGGUUCAACCACACCUGCCUGACCUUUGCGACUAGAGGGAGGAUGAUAAGCCAGCCCUCCAAUUCUUCCACCACCACCCAUUACAUCAUGACCAUCCUGGGGUGCUUGUUUAGCAUGGUCAUCGUGCUGGGUGUGGUCUACUACUGCCUGCGGAAAAGAAGGAUCCAAGAGGAGAAGCAGAAGUCCAUUAAUGUUAAGAAGACCAUCUUGGAGAUGAGGUAUGGGCCUGAGUCUGAGACCAGCAGUAUGAUACACCAGAUGCAGAAGUUCCACGAGCAGCCGAUUUCGGUAUCGAGGAUGUCCUCGCUACCAUCUGUGUCAGGGGAUAAAGGACAAUUUAAACCAAUGGACAUAAAUGAGACCCCCAAGACCACCAAGGGCAACUAUAUCGAAGUCCGUACUGGGGAGACCUUAGAACGCAAGGAAGAGGAGACCAAACAGACAGACAAUGGGCAAGGGUCAACUGCAGAGAUCUCUACCAUUGCCCAAGAGGUGGACAAGGUCAAUCAGAUCAUUAACAACUGUAUUGAUGCAUUGAAACUGGACUCCGCUGCCUUUAUAGGCACCGACUCCGAGGUGUCCAUUGACCGCCAGAUCACGCCCAGCACCUCCUCCUCCCAGUUGGAGAGGCCCGGUUUCCUCUCGCCCACCUACAAGGAAGGGGGUUACCCGCUGCAGCGCCAGAGCAGCGCGGACGCGGCCCGAAAGCGUUGCAGCAUCUCAUCGAGCGGCUCCGGGAAGAGCGCGCGUGUCUUCAGCCUCGACAUUCCCGAACCUCCUUCCAAGGCAGAGUCAAAAUACAUCGAGAAGAGUGCACCGGCCCCCACCUCCUUAAAGCGUCUUCCUUCUGUGGCAGCGGGAGAGAUCCACCAUCUGGAGGUACAGCAAACCUACCACAGCAGCGAGCAUCGCCACUCCUUCCCUGCCUUAUACUACGAAGAACAUGGGGACACUAUAAGAGAGAGGUCCGCGUUAUUAAAGCCACUCUCCCGAUCCAAAAGGGACUCUGCCUACUCCCAGCUCUCUCCCAGACACCAGUUCUCUGGAUAUUCUUCCAGCCCGGAAUAUUCGUCGGAAAGCACUCUCAAGAUCUGGGAGAGAUUCCGUCCCUAUAAAAAGCACCCUCGGGAGGAGGUGUAUAUGGCCGCUGGACACGCCUUGCGAAAAAAAGUCCAGUUUGCUAAAGAUGAAGACUUACAUGAUAUUUUAGAUUAUUGGAAAGGUGUAUCUGCUCAACAGAAAAUGUGACUGGGGCACAAGACUGCAUUGAUAAGUUUACAGAGAGAACAAAUGUAGGGUUAAUGGGUCCUUUUCAUCUAUUUAAUGUUCAGAUUUUCUCAUUUUCUAAGUCCAUAAAGUGCCCCCAAAAUAUUUUUUUGUCAACACCCUUCCUCUUUUGAUGGUUCAGCCAGUUUAACCAAGCUACAUAGGAAAUAGCAGCAUGAGAAGGUAAUUCGGCCCCCUGGCCUAGUCUACCAUUCAGAAAGAUCAUGGCUGAUCUGAUCUUGGCCUCAGAUCUUCUCUCCUGCCUCUUCCCAUAACUUCACCUUCCCCAUAGCCCCAAAAUCGAUAUGUCCCACCCUGAGGGCUCAGUUUCCACUGCCCUCUUUAAAUUAACUUCAUUGUUUUAAGUUAGCAUGCCAGUUAAGGAGAGGGAGACCAGAAUCCUGAUAUGGGAAAGUAAGAUGGUCAGAGCUAUUCACUCAGAGGAAGUACUUUUGAGAUAAAAUCUCAUUCAUGUUAAGCACUGAAAAUAAUCUGGUUAUGUAGAAAUUUUUAUUGUGUUAAUGCUGGUAACAUUCAUAGGCGGUUUCAUUCUUGACAGAUACUAACCUAAAGGGAUUAAUAGAAAGAUAUGUUACUGUAAGAAACUUACUGAACAUGAUUUCCACUAACAUUACCAGCUGAGCUCCUGGAAGCGGUAGAUCUUGAGCUCAAGGGUGUGUGGGAGUAGGACGUGGGGGGAGAUAGAGGAGGCGGUGGGACAUUCUUUGCCUUUCAUGGUUUUGACUCUCUGUCCAUUCUACGACUGCCUGAUCUUCAUUCCCAUUGACCUGAUUCCCUUCCUUCAAAGCUAGAUGAACAUUCAACAAUGUGUGCUUCCUCCAGCUUCCAGUAAUGGAUCUGACUGCCAAGUGAAGCACCACAGGCUGUCUUAAGCUAAUUCACCUCAAGUCCAAGUUCAAGUUUAUUGUCAUCCAACCAUAUACAUGUAUACAGCCAAACAAGACAACAUUCCUUCAGACCAAGGUGCACAACACAAAACAUUUAACUCAUGCACUACACAUAAAGUAAUAUUACCACAAAUCAAUUAACAAACAAUAAAAUAUAUGAUGCUAUAUAUUUAGCAUAAGCUGCAUUUGUGACACAAGUUAAAAAGUAAACAGCAUACGUUUCAUACAUGGUAAGACCUGGGUGGUGGCAGGGAGUUCAGUAGUCUUACGGCCUGGGAGAAGAAGCUGUUUCCCAUCCGAACAGAUCUUGUCCUAAUUCUACGUUACCUCCUGCCUGAUGGUAGAGUGUCAGAGAGAUUGUUGGACGGAUGGGAGGGAUCCUUGACAGUGCUAAGGGUCCUGCCUCCUGAUAAAUAUCUCGGAGGGGUGGAAGAGAGACCCUGAUGAUCCUCUCAGCAGUCCUCACAAUCCUUUGUAGGGACUUGUGGUCAGAUGCCUUGCAAUUCCCGUAGCAGAUAGCGAUGCAGCUGGUCAGGAUAGUUUCAAUGGUGCUCCUGUAAAAAUUGGUUAGAAUCGGGGGUGGGGGGGGCGCGAGGAUCCUCGCUUGCCUUAAUCUCCUCAGAAAAUGGAGGCACUGCUGAAAAAAGUGAGGGGUCUGCAUGCUAGGGUGAUCGGCACUCUAAUCUGGAUGGAUGCUAUGAUGAUGGUACUGGACAGCCAUAUAAAAUCCACAUUUGAUACCAUAUUCUGUACUUAUCCAUCCAACCAGAUGAUUAAAAUUGCCAUCAUUAAUUCACCCACCUUGAUAAAAUAUCCAUAAACCUCCUAUUUGCUUAAGGAAUUCCAGACCUGUACACCCUUGGUAGAAAUUUGCCCUUGAUACUGUAUCAUUCUCUGCUUCUUCAGUUCUGUCCAAGUCCAAUAGUCUUUAAUGGAACCAAAAUGAGGAAAUAGAAUACAUGGAAUGGAUUCUACUCGAUGUGCAUUUAACCCAGCAGAAGGCAAAUCUCUCAGUGUCUUGACCGAAAAAGCGGUUCAAUUCCUGUGAAACAACAAUUAAAUGGUACAUUGAGGAUAAUGUUGGACACCUGAUUGGAAAAGUCAACUUCCUUGUCUUCACAGUUGGGCUUGAGGAGCAUGUUGACUUCCUUUAUUCAUGCUUGGCCAUUACCUUUAAGAUACCUUUUAGUGCAGAAUAGGUGGAAAAUCAUCAUCUUUUAGAUAAGCUAAAAUCUGUUGAAUCACUAAGAUCUGAUUUGAGUCCAGUAGUUCUGAAACUCUGGCCUAUAUUUCUCCGUCAUGGGACCAAUUAGCACAGGUUCAGAAAACAGGGGUGUCCAUUUAGACCGGAGAUGACAAAGAAUUUCUUUCACCAGAGGGUGGCAAAUCUGUGCAAUUCAUUGUCACAGACGGCUUUGGAGGCCAAGUCAUUGGUUAUAUUUUAAACAGAGGUUAACAGGUUCUCGAUUAGUCAGGGUGUCAAAGGUCACGCGGAGAAGGCAGGAGAAGAGGGUUGAGAGGGAUAAUAAAUCAGCCAUGAUAGAAUGGCAGAGCAGACUCAAUGGUCCAAAUAUCUUAUGCUCCAAUAUCUUAUGGUCUUAUGGUCAUAUGGAGUUGACUAACUAGUUAGUCAUUUACAGAUAAGUUGUGAAUUAUGUCUUCCUACAUGAAUUGGUGGCAAAGCACCAUGGGGUGGAAUGGUGGGAGCUACAUGAGAAAGCUGACCUGGGUUGCUUUCACCAGAACAUGGUAUGAGCUCUGAACAUUGUUUCUGAAAGUCAGUUACAGAAUCAUAGAAUCAAAUCGAAACAAGCCCAUCAGCCCACCUUGUCCAUAGCUACCAUGAUGCCAGUUUAUGCAACCUCUAUUUGCCUGCAUUAGGUCCAUAUCUCUCUCUGCCUUUCCUAUCCAAGUACCCUUGCAAAUACCUUUUAAAUAUUGUAAUUGUAUCUGCUUUCACUGCCUCCUCUGGCAGCUUGUUCCAAAUAAUCAGCACCCUCUCUGUAAAAUCCCUUUAAUUAUCCUCGGAUUUCUCCUUUUUCAUCUUAUAGAUGAGUACCGUUUCAUUAUAGAUCGCCUUCCCCUGGGAAAAAGACUAUAUUAUAAGGUCAAUCCUCAGCCUCUUAUGUUCCAUGUUCCAGGCAAAAUCUUGGUGAAUCUCUUCAGCAUUCUCCACCGUCACCACAUCCUUCCCAUAGUGUGGAGACCAGAACUGUAUACAAUUCUCCAAAUGUGGUCUAACUGAUGUUUUAAUUAGCUGCAACAUAACAUUACAAUUCUUAAAGAGAGAUUAGAGAGAUUAGCUUUACUCGUCAAUGAAACAUUGAGACAUACAUUGAAAUGCAUCGUUUGACCAUCGGAGUCCAAGGAUGGCGCGUGGGCAGCUGCAAGUGUUGCCACGCUCUCAGUACCGACGUACCAUUCCCACAACUCACUAACCGUAAUGCUAAUAGUACAUCUUUGGAAUGUGGGAGGAAACCGGAGCACCUGGAGGAACAUGGGAUCGCAGGGAUUCCCUAUGUCUCAGUCUAUCAUGGCAAGCAUAUCAAAUGCCUUCCUCAUCACCCUACACUGCCAUUCUCAGAACUAUAGACUUCUACUCCAAAGUCCCAUUGUACAACAUUUGCUCGUGGUCUUCCACUGCUGUAGCCCAUCGACUUGAAGGUUUGACGUGUUGUGUGCUCAGAGAUGUUCUUCCACACAUCACUUUUGUAACGUGUGAUUAUUUGAGUUACUGUCGUUUUCUUGUCAGCUUGAACCGGUCUACCAUUCUCCUCUGACCUCCCUCAGUAACAAGGUGCUUUCAUCCUCAGAAUAGAUGUUUUUUUUUGUUUGUUGCACCAUUCUCUGUAAACUCUAGAGACUGCUGUGUAUGAAAAUCCGAGGAGAUCAUCAGUUUCUGAGAUAUUCAAAUCAUUCUGUCUGGCACUAACAAUCAUUCCAUGGUCAAAGUCACUUAGAUCACAUUUCUUCCCCAUUCUGAUGGUUGAUUGGAACAACUCAACCCCUUGACCUUGCCUGCAUGCUUUUAUUCAAUGAGUUGCUGCCACAUGACUAGCUGAUUAGAUAUUUGCAUUAAUGAGCAGGUGUACCUAAUAAAGUGGCCAUGUUACAUGUUUGUCAUGUUGCACAUUUACUGCAUUUGACAAAAGAAUAUUUUCUGUUCUUUUUACUAUGAUAUUCACUAUUCAGUCACUAUAUUUGAAACACUAUAAUAUGUGGAUUAACCUUUGAUAAAACAAAGGACAGAGAGAUGUCAUAUAAUUCCUUUCUGAGUUUUGUCAAAAUCACUGCCAGCAGUAGAUUGGUGCUACCAUUUUUCCUUGUUGGUUUGAUAAUACACAACAGAUUUAUGUGCUAAAUAUUGUAGUGGUACGUUCACGCUGGAGAAAUGAAGUUAGAAUUUAAAUCACCCCAAUUCCUCAUUUCUUCUAGUCUGUCAGAUUACCCAUUAGUCUGAUUUUCCUUUCCCAAGUUGCCUCAGCUUGGACUCUUUUACCUCAUCCAGGGAAGGACACUGAAUCACAAACACAGAUGCUGGAAAUCCAGAGCAACGCACACACAAAAUGCUGGAGGAACUCAGCAGGUCAGGCAGCAUCUACAGAGGGAAUAACCCAUCAACAUUUUGGGCUGAAACCCUUUAUCAGGGCUUGAUGAAGGGUCUCAGCCAAAAUGUGGACUUAAAACCAUGAGAAUCUGAUGAAGUGUUUCUGUCUGAAAUGUCGGCAGUUUAUUCCCUUCCAGCGGUGCUACUUGACCUGCCGAGUUCCUCCAGGGAAGGGCACCACCAAGAUGGUCUAAUGCCCCAUGCCACAUACUGAAUAACCCUUCCACAAGCUCAAAUCAACAUUCCUCCAGCAUGUUCUGUCCAAAGCUCAGGGGGGAAGUGGAUAAUGGAAGGGAAAAAAAUAGCUUUCAUUUCACCUUGUCAGAAACAUCUGCCCUUCCACCCAACCUAAGAGCAUUUUGCAACCUUCCCUUACAAUGUUAGCUGCAAAGAUUUUUAUAUUUGUGAGCUUUUCUUUCUUAAUAAUACUGAAAUGCGAUGUAAGAGUAGUCUUUUCCAGAUCACAUCUGUGUAUUAUUUUGCUAUAGUAAUGGAAAUGGAGGGUUUAAUCCUUCCUCGUUGAUCUGUUAUCACUUCACUGACCUGCACAUGUUCAGAGCCAAAUGCUGACAAAAGGAACGGAGAACUUGAGUUCCUUAGCGCUCCUGAAAUAAUCGAGAGCAGAUUUAGCGGGGUAAGGAACCUAGUAGCCCUUUGGCAGUGGAGAUCUGCGGAAAACGUGUGAGAGAGCAAGGUUGCUGAGGGCAUGUGGUCAAGCAACGUCUUAGUCACUCACAGUAGCUGAUAACUUUGUUCAGUGUGUUAGGAGAUGGGGAGGUGAUUGUGCAGGAGAGGAUCCUUUCUGAGGUCCCCUUGCAGAGGCAGAGAAAGCCCAACUCCUAUGCCUGGGCGUGCUUUAACUUUAUCACCAGGCGCCAGUGUAGGGAAGUAUUCACACUUGGGUAAAUUGAUCUCUGGGAGCUGGAGUUAACCGUAUGGGACAUGAUCUUACAUAUGGUUACAUCAAAGUCUCAAAACCACCUUGGUUGUGGGGAGUGGGGAUGCCCAAAUGCCCGCAUGUAGUUAGUGUCAGUUAAAUAAAGGCACAUUUUUGCUCAGCCGUCCCCAACCCACCUUACUCUGAGUACCUCAGCACUUACCCGGGCACAAAUGUAAACAGUUUGCUAAGUCAUGAUACAAGAUGGAUUGUGUCAACAAAUGGAAUCAAUGCUAUUUUUGUUUCUGUGUGUGUGUUUUUUUACAGAAAUAAGAAUCUUUGUAGUCUCUUUAAUUUAUCAAAUAGACCUCCCGAGAUAAGAUCAAGCUGACGGCGUCAGAGCCUAGCACUUUAGCUCAAGGCAUGUCAUUUCCUCCAUGCCCUUCACCACCUGUAAGUCAUCUUAAGCAUCUUACUAUAUGAAUGGCUGCAAGACUGAGAAACAGUGACUGGGGAGGGGAGCUGCUGUCGAACUCAGAGCUUCGCUACAGGAUAUUUUCACUGCCAAGCAUUGAUAUUUUUUGUACUAUCAUUAUAUGCUUUAAAAAUGUUUAACUUAAUGUCAAAUCUUGGGAAUUGUGUAUUUAUGUGGAAGACCUGUAAAUAUUAUCCAAUCAAAGAUGUGACACAUUGUAAUAUGGAAAAUUGUGAUGAUCAACGCAUUUCAUCCAUGUUGGUUCAGACAGCCCCAAGCAGUUGGAAUGAAGGUCACUUAUCUCCCCAGUGCUGUUUUGUUCUGUGCAGGUUGGGAGGGGCCAUAUGUGCAAUAACAAAUACUGCAACUGCCCUGUGGACCUAAUUCAUUUAAAAUCUAAUGAUCAGUUAGUGAUUGUGACAAUUCCCAGAAAUAAAAGAGAAGCAGGAAAAAGAGAAGAGAGAGGAAUUCAGAGAUCAUUUUGGUUCAGUUUUGUUUGUCCAGCUGUUGCAUUUUUGUACAUUUUUGCAUGAGAUGUGGUUAUUGCAGGCAAUGCUAGCAUUUAUUGUCCAUCCUCAGUUGCCCCUGAUCUGAGGAGGCUGUUAACAGUCAAUCAUGUUGUUGGAUUUGGAGUAUUAUCUAAGUCAAAGCCAGUUAAAAAUGGUGGAUUUUUUUUCCUGAAAGACAACAACCUGACACCGUCAAAUUUAUUGAUUUACUUGAAUGUAAACGCCUCAGCUGUCACUGUAGAAUUCAUUGACCUCGAGAUAUUCAUCCCAUAUCUCCACCAUUACCCCAACAUACCCCAAGAAAGAGAGGAAGGCCAUUUUGCUGCUUAACACAAUGAACAUCUCAAUUUGGCCUUUCCCCAGAUUAGUUACUUGAAAGAAAUCUCAGUAAAUCAGCCAGGUACUUAACUUCUAAGCCAACUUGCCAAGAUUAAAUGAAUGUUUGAUAUGAGGAUGGAUUCUAAUUGGACCGCACCUCUGGUGCUCCUCCCCCUUUUCUUUCUUCCACAGCCUUCUGUCCUCCCCUAAGAGACUCCCCUUCUCCUUCCCUGUAUCUCUUUCACCAAUCAACUUCAGAGCUCUUUACUUCACCCCUUCACCCCACCUGGUUUCACCUAUCACCUUGAGGUUCUUCCUGCCCUCCUCUCACUUUCUUACUCUGACUCCUCAUCUUUCCCCUCCGGUCCUGCUGAAGGGUUUCGGCCCGAAACAUCAACAGUACACUUUUCCAUCGAUGCUGCCUGGCCUGCUGAGUUCCUCCAGCGUUCUGUGUGUGUUGCUCGGAUUUCCAGCAUCUGCUGAUUUUCUUUUGUUUGUGGUUGGAUCUCUCUUGAAAAUAAGAUUCAACCAGUUUUUAUUUUGUUCUCCAGCCUAAAGAUUAAUUGGCCACCUGGAAAUGUGUAUAGAAAGAAUUGUCACUCCUUACCAUAUGACAUAGGUGUGGAUUCACUUAGCUCAGCCUAUUCCUAGUUUAAGUGUUUCAACUUCUAUAAAGAGGGAGAGCUUUUUUUAAUAAUAACACCAACAGUUUUACACAGUGACUGAUUAAGACUUGUUUUCUGCGGAAUCCCAGCGAAUCUUGCUUCCGUUUUAGGAAUCGCACUAAGUUUUAAUUUGCACAUCUGAGCACAUACUGUAAACUCCACACAUCACAUUUCACAGGGAAAAGUGCCAAACCAACAUGGAACAAUAGGUAUUCCAGAGAAGGGGGAUGGAUCAGUUGUCAGUGCAGAGGUGUAAGCUGGUGAACACUAAUAGAAAUCCACUCUGGUUUUGUAGGUUUGCCACCUGUGCAGGUACCUGAAUGGGACAUGCUUAAACCAUGAGUAAAUAAUCCCCCUUGAUAGUUUUAUGACAUCUCUUUGUCCUCUAUUUAACAAGGGCGUUAACCUAAGUAAAUCUGCACACUAGGGAGGAGGCUUUCACCUCUCGGUAUUUCUGAUGACAUCUCUUGCAGUACACGACAGGUCUCAAUACCCCACCACACUUUGCAGUUUCGAAUCCUUCACCACUUUGAAUACCGCUCUGGAUUUCGUCCAGAGGUACCAUCCUCAGCUGCUCUUUCUGCAAAACGGUCUGGCACAAGUUAAGUUGCAGUGGCUUAACCCUCUCAUUAGCUACCAUUUGCAAUUCUGCAAGCAGUUCCAGACAUACUUUGGGAAAAUUUGAGAUGUGAAUCUUGCAGAGUAGACUCACCAGGAAGAAUGAAACAGAGCUUUAUGAAGUAAAUUAUGAUGAUUAUAAUUAGAUAUGAACAUCCUAUGAGUAGAGGAGAUUAAGAGUUGAUAGAAAUUGAGCUGUUUAAACUGAUUAAAGGAUUCAGUGGAGGGAAUUUCCUCUGGUGGUGGUGUCCAGAAGCUGCUCAGAGGUGACUUCUUCACCCAAGAGAGGUCUGAAACUCUCUCCUUCAAAAGCUGGUGAUACCGGGGGAGGGUUGAGGGGGAUGAUGAUGGUGAAAAAUGUGAAACUGAGAUUGAUAAGGUUUUGUUCCCAAAUGGGGCAGGAAGAUAGGAAGAUGGGCUUAAGAAGCAGAUCGUACACAGGAAGACAGAACAGAUUAGGGUGGCCUCCUCCUGUUCCCACUGAUACACCAACUAAUUUCACAAACACUGUCUGUAUAUAAUCACUUUCUGUAACAUAUAGACCCAGUGCAGUCAGUAAUCUGAACAGAUCCCUCUGUUCUCUAGAUUCCUGCCUAUAAACUAACAAAGAAAUGAGACAGGGAGCUGGGGUUUCCCUGCCAAUACUGAGAAUGGUAAAUUUUAGACCUUUCUUUUAUGUCAAAGGUGAAUUAUUCUUCCUCAUUCGGUUUUGUGGCAGAAAUAUGUAGGUCACUUUACUUGCCUGAUUGGACCAUUCCUGAUGACAAUUGCAAUUCUUUUUUGAGGAAUUUCUUUGCAGCCUUCUCCCAAAAUGUUUGAUUUGCUCAGUGUAAUUUUUUGUUUAUGCCCAUCAGGCUGGGUUCAGUAGUCCCCAGAAGUCACAGUGACAUUAUCCAGACUUCACACUUCAAUGAAUACAGUAGCUCUUCCACUGCAGCCCAACAUAUGUGCUCACCCAAAGUGGAUUGUAACUUUCAGCCUUCUCUUCUCACUAGCCUAAAGCUCAAAUUGACUUAAACUUACAAAUAUUUAUAACCUUUGGUACAGUGCUUGCACGUUUCAAGCACAAUACUGUAUGCCUUUAAAUCCUGGUUCAAGACGUGUCUGUAUUUCAAGUGGUCUUGUACAUCUCCUGUAUGUUUUCCUGCCAUUCUUUACUGGUCCUCUGUAGCUUUUCCAUCUCACAGACUUUUCCAUGAGCAGCCACAAAAAGUGGGAGAGAAUUUGGCAUCUUCCUCAGGCCGGAUACUGCCUCUGCCUCGUCCUCAACAACAACAACAACAACAACAACAACAACAGCAACAACAACGACGACAACAACAACAACAAUUAGAUGGACCCAUGGUAAUCCGGUCCAUUCUUAAUGAGGUUUUUAACUUUGGUCUUGUUCCAGCUAAAUUUAUGCACCAAAAAAAAACUGUUACAAAAAAUAAUCGAAAUGUGAGUUUUGUAAUACAAGAGGAGAAAUGGUUCCGGGUGGGAGGGGAGACAGGGUUGGGGGGGGGGGGUGUUGAAACUAAAGAAAAAGAGAAUUCCCCUCCCACCCGCUUCCAACAGUGAUGUGUUUAUUGCAUGAUUUAAUGUAUUUUCAGAACAGAUUAUCGUUGUGUAUGUGACUGUUUGUCAACUUUGUUUAUUGUGACAGACCGCUUUCUACAGGCCUGCUUAGGAGCUGGACAGAAAACAGGGAUGGAGAAGAGAGAGAAAUACAUCAGUCCUGUUAAGGUCUGGAGCAAGUGAACGUUGACCCCGAUCCUGGGCUGAGUCAGGGUUCUGUUCCCAGUGUGGCAAACUAUCCCACUGGCUGGGCGUAGAGACAAGGGCUCAUCCCUACUUCAUUUGAUAUUGGACACCUUCUCAAUCUUACUGCCACUUCCCCUGCCUGUCAGUGUGUAUGGUAGUCAGCCAGGUAGUCUCUGAUCUCAGUGAGCAGGAACCUGCUUGCUGGGACAGCUAGUUUGAACAGUCUUGUGUCAAAAGAGGCUAAUGGAAGUAUGAUACCUAACUUGCCAAAAUCUGCUCCUCAAACCUAACGUUUCCUUUAGUAUGGAGUCAAAGUCGCUGCUUGUAGUGUUCCUGCAUCUUCCCCCCUUCCUAAGUAAACAAUUAUGGAUGUAUUACACCUGUCAGAGAAAAUGAAACAUCAGCUCUUUGCUGGCUGCCUCUAAAUGCAGUUUUAAAUUUUACAGUCAGACUGCACAAUUGGCUCCAAUGUUUAUAGAAAUGAAAUUUAAUUAUCCAAGUGCACGCAAUUCCAGUGACCACAUUUCUGAUGUGUUCUCGUCUGCCUCAUCCCAGUUGUUGAUUAAUGAUCCUUUUGGAUCUUUAAAGGGUAAGAUUUUGAUUUUCUCCUCACUUGGCUUAACGUUUCAACCCGAAAAGAACUCUUGCUUCUGUGUUUCUCAUCAGACAGGACACAGACUCAUUUUCCUGGCCAACCUGUUCAUCUGUGGCAGCAAUGAGUUGCCUCACAAGGGGAAUCUUGCCUUCCUACAUACUGCGUUGUUACUUGACUUUGAAUAUAGAUGGCUGUAUAUUUAAAGGGGAGGUUCUUAGGUUCUUGACUAGUAACAGUGUCAAAGGUUACAGGGAGAAGGCAGAAGAAUGGGGUUGAGGGGUAAAAUAAAUCAGCUAUGAUGGAAUGCUGAAGCAGACCCAAUGGUUCAAAUGGCCUAAUUCUGCUCCAAUGUCUUAUGGUCUUACAAUGUCAAAUAAUUGGCAUUUCUAUGAACAUUUCAGCCCUGAGUUAGUGAUGCUGAUCAGAAUCAGAAUCAGGUGUAAUUUCACUGAUGUGUUGUGAAAUUUGUUGUUUUGUGGUAGCAGUACAUUGCAAUACAUAAUAAACACUAGAAAUUACAAAGAGAAAUAUAUUUUAAAACUUAAGUAAGUCGAGCAAAAAGAGAGGGAGAAAAAGCUGUUGCAGUAGUUUACAUGCCAGCCCUGGCAUUUAUUACCCAUUAACUCAGAAAUUUAUGUAUUUAUUUGCUAAUUGAGGUACAGCGUGGAACAAGAUCGUCUCACCCAGCAGCCCACCGAUUUAAGCCCAGCCUAAUCACAGGACAACUUACAAUGACCAGUUAGCAUACUAACUGGUACGUCUUUGGACUGUGGGAGGAAACUGGAUCACCCGGAGGAAACCCACGCAGUCACGGGGAGGAGGUGCAGACUCCUUACAGACAGCGCUGGAAAUGAACUCUGAACUCCGCCAACCUCACGCGCCCCAAGCUGGGUCAUUUGAGAGGGUAGCACAGCGCAGAGUAAUACGCGAUGGCUACAGGCCCUUCGGCUCAGCUCAUCCAUGCUGACCAAGAUGCCCAUCUAAGCUCGUUGCUAUUUGCCCACGUUUGGCCCACUCCCCUCUGAUAGCUUGAAGUUUUGGCUUUCACUCCAUGUGGUGUGAAUUUGCAUGUUGGACACAAGAAAACAAGUGGAAUUAAAUGAAUCAGCUCAGAAUCAGGUUUAGUAUCACUGACAUAUGUCAUGAGGUUUGCUGUUUUGUGGCAGCAGUGCAGCAAAUUAAAAAAAUUAUAAAUUACAGUACGAAGUAUCUAAAUAAAGUUAAGUAGUGCAAAAAGAGUGAAAGUAGUGAGGUUGUGUUCAUGGGUGGUUCAGAAAGCUGACGGUGGAGGGAAAGAAGCCACAAUAGUGUGGUAGUUAGCGAGUUUCUAUUACAGCUCAGAGUUCAGAGUUCAAUUCUGAGAUCACCUGUAAGCUGCUCGUACGUCUUCCCCGUGAAGCGCGGGCUUCCUGCGGCUGCUCCAACUUCCACACCCAGUCCAAAGUUAGCGGGUUAAUUGGUCAGUUCUGUGAGUAGGCUAUGGUUAAAUCGGCAGAUUGUGGGGUGGUGAGGCUCAGUGGGUAAAGUCGGCAAAGUUGUGUCCCAAAUCUCACAGGCCUUUCUUUUCUGAGGCUCGACUAGAUCACUGUCCUCUUUCUCUCAACACUUGCAGGUUAAGAUCUCUCCAGUCACUUCUCCCAAUACUCAGAAAUAAUUGUGAGAAUUAACCUGUACAUCAACCCCCUAAUACUGGAUUUGCGUCAGUGAUUGCACGUCCAUCUGGUAACCCUUCCUGUGAAGCACAUCCUUCCCAACGUUUACUUCUAUCAUUUCUUUCUUUCUUUCUCUUUUGUUUUGUCUCUCUCUCUUUCUACCUUUCUCUUUCUCCCUUUCUCAUUCUAUCUAUCUAUCUAUCUAUCUAUCUCCAUAUCCAUCUAUGUAUCUCUUUCUUUCCUUUCAAAUCUUUUUAUUGUUAUAUUAAGUAACAACUCUUACAAUGUCUCAAAAAAGAAUGUCUCAAUCUCUCUCUCUCUCUCUCUCUCUAUCUAUCUAUUUAUCUAUCUACUGAUUCAGGAACAGCUUCUUCCCGUCUGCCAUCUGAUUUCUAAAUGGACAUUAAACCCACGAACACUACCUCACUACUUUAAAAAAAUGUCUGCUUUUACACUACUUAUCUUAAUUUACCUAUUGUAAUAUUGUAAUUAAUUUUUUCUAUAUUAUCAUGUGCUGUAUUGUAUUGCUGCCGCAAAGUUAACAAGUUUCACAACAAUUCAAAACUCUUUUAACUUAUCCCUGUCCAGCUGCAGAAUUUGGAGAAAAGAUUAAGUUUAAACUAUUAAUCUAAUUUUGUGCUAACCUUAUAUUUGUAGAACUUUCCCUGUAAGUCACCAAUCAGUCAUUAAUAUCCUCCUCUCCCAGUGACCUAUCCUGAAAAAGUACUCUCUCAUUUCUCCCAUUUAUAUUUCUUGCAGUUAGACUCAAAUCAAAAGAUCAGCUUGUAAUGAUAUUUACAAACCGCAAUGCACAUAUUUAUUCUGGUUCAGUCAGUUAGCACUGUGGUGCAGUGAUCAGCAUUAUUGUCUCACUACCCCAGAGAUCCCUAUUCAAUCCUGACACUGGGUACUGCCUGUGUGGAGUUUGCACGCUCUGCCUUUGACCCUCCAGUCUUACCCCUACAUUGGUAGGUAAAUUGGGUUCUGGAAAUUACCCUUGUGUAGGUAAGUGGAAGAAGAGAUAUAAAGGGGUUGAUUAACAGGUGAGAGAGGCUAAGUUUCAGGGGUGUAAGGAAAUAGGGAGAGAGGGAGUGGAUAGAUCAGGAGGGAGGAAUAGAUUACCAAGAAUCCCAACACCCUGCACUGUGAGUUAGCAUGAAUGAGCGACCUCUUAGCAAGUAAGUGCUUUCAUUCCAGGAGAAGUUGUCCGUUACAAAGAAUGUCCUCUUCUGGACAGGUGUUUGUAGAAGCAAUUUGGGAACUUACCUUCACGCAAUGUCAGCAGUAUUGGUCUCUGAUGAGGCUGCACUUAAAAUGCAUCUCCAAACUUAGUCACUGAACAAUCGGUGAUUGUGCCGGGCCCUUAACGCUGGAAAUUCUUCUCGAGCACGUUGUCCUUAAAACUGCCGUCAAUCAUGUCAGCACCUGACCUAAUAUCUCCUUUGUGUCAAAUGUGCUUGAACUCCUGAUGACCUUUGCGCCACUUUACUGUCUGGAAUGUUGAACUCUUACAAGUGCUUCCUGUUCGUUGUGCCUGAGGUAGAAAUCUCUCCUCUCUCAGAGUCGUGGAGUCAUAGAAUACCACAGCACAGAAGCAGUCCCUUUGGCCCAUCUAGUCCAUGCCAAACUGUUAUUGUGCCUAGUCCUAUUGACAUGCAUCUGGCCCAUAGCCCUCCCUGCCCAUCCCAUCCAUGUACGUGUCCAAACUUCUCUUCAAUGUUACAUUCCACCACUUCCACUUGCAGCUCGUUCCAGUUCUCAUCACCCUCUAAGUGAAGAAGCUCCCCCCUUCCCCAUGUUCCCGUUAAACAUCUCACCUUUCACUGUUAACUCAUGACCUUUAGUUCUGGUCUCACCCAACCUCAGUGGAAAAAGCCUGCUUACAUUUACCCUAUCUAUGCCGUUCAUAGUUUUGCAUAUCUCUAUCAAAUCUCCCUGCAUUCUCCUAUGCUGCAGGGAAUAUGCAACCUGCUCAACCUUUCCCUGUAACUCUGUUCCUCAAGUCACAGCAACAUCCUUCUUUCCCUGUACUCUUUCAAUCUUACUUGCAUCUUUCUUGUAGGUAGGUGAACAAAACUGCACUCAAUACUCCAAGUUAGGCCUCAUUAAUGUCUUAUACAACUUCAGCAUAGCAUUCCAACUCCUGUACUCAACACUUUGGUUUCUGAAGGUCAAUGUGCCAAAGGGCCACUGGUGGUGUAGUAGCAUCAGCGCUGGACCUCAAGGCAGAUGAUCCUGAGUUCAAACCCAGCUGGGUCCUAACCCGGGCUGUAGCAGCGUCUACACGGACAAUCUACUUCCAUGGCUGCUUGCCAUGAAAACCCUAUGGUCCACGAGGUCACGAAGAGUCAGACUCCACUAAAUAACUGAAUAAUAAAUGUUCUAAAACUGUCUUUUUGACGCUAUCUAUCUGUGACGCCACGUUCAAGGAGUUAUGGUUUUUUACUCCCCGAUGCCUCUGUUGUACCACACUCCACCGUGCCUACUGCUCACCAUGUGGUAGUCCUCCCAAAGUGCAAUGCCUCUCACUUGGCUGCAUUACAUUUCAUCUGCAAUUUCUUAUGUUUUGUCAUAAGAAAUGUGAAUUGUGUUCCUGAACGUGGCUUCCAUAGAAAUCAGCAGGCACUUGUCCUCCUCCUGUGUUUAGUGUGGUCAAUUCCACAACCUCCUCCCUACUCCCACCCCUCCUCGGAUGGAAAAUUUUACAAGGAAAUGGAGUAACCUCCCACAGACAUUGUCUUCUCCAUUUGUGGUAGGUAGACAGGGGCGAGGAGCUGAAGGGGAGGUCCUAAUCACCUCCAAAAUCAUGAGGCAGAAGCAAUCAAGGCUGUAAACAUCCCACACCCCCACAGCGCAGGGGCUAGCAAGGACAGUCUGUAAAUACCUAGUAUCGUAUCAAUGAAAGUUCUGGCAGGAAGUCAAUAAAGACACAACACUCCAGACAUGUGAAACACAGAAGCAAGUGGACAAUCUAAUUUCUAUAUUACUCAAUCAUCCUUGAAUUUUAAUGGAGAAAUCUUCAAUUCUUGACUCAAAAGUUCCUCAACUGUUGGCAACCUAACCUGUUUGGGGUGAGCCUCAUUGUAAGUCUGACGGUAAUAUCUUUCCUCCCAGGGUCACAGGACUCCAUUGUCAUUUCGAGCAGUGUGCUCUGAGGAUCACCAUGGUACCCGGUGUUGUAGGGUGAACCUGGCUGCAGGUACGAAUUUCUCUCCCAGGACUUUUCACUGUGACGCCAGUUCGACUCCCUGAUUGCCGAUAGCGACGGACAUUCUGCCUCAUGUCUAUCCCUGGUUUCCGAUCCGCUGCGGCCACUCUCGGGUGAGGCUUUUUCACACACAGGUGCUUGACUUACGGGCUCUCUUGCAGCAAACCCCUCCAUCAGCAAGAGCAGUGACAGGUGUAGAACUGGGACGACAAUUGCGAUUUUUAAAGGUGGUUUAAUUGACAACUGCCAGUCUCUUCCAAUGCCAAGAAAUUGGUGGCUUUACUUAUCCUACAUGAACAGCCAUUCCUGAGCCUUUGUUCUUGUUUGCUGACAGGGGUAGACCACAUCAAGGGAGAGGUAACCAACUACCUUUUGGCUGGAUUGGUUGCAUUGACAGCUCUUGUGACAGGUCCGUUUACUGGAUUGGCUCCGGAUUGUCCAGGUGUCACUGUGACUGCAGCUGAGAGUGGGUGCAGAAGAAACUGGGGGCCAUUGAUUGUUCUGAAAGACACACAGCAACAAAACCUCAGAACUCAAAGCGAGGAAAGGCUUAGGGUGAUCUUGGAGCAGGUUAAAAGUUCAUCAUGACAUCGUGGGCCGAAGGACCUGUACUGUGACGUAAUGCUCUAUGUUCCUCGAGUCGGAAAACACCUCAAGGAUUGAACAUGAGAAGGCAGGGAGAUUGUUGGAAUUAGCAAGAACUUCGAUGAAAGUGUUCGGCUAAGAUCUUCGCAUGGUGACAGAUGUGCUGUCAGGUUGUUGUUCUGUUCAGUCAGAUAUUGUUUGACGCUUAUUUCCUGAUUGAACUUCUCAAUUGCAGAGGUGUUGAGGUCAGAGGUUUCUCGAUGAAUUUAGGAGAAUAUGCUCUUGAGAGAUGCUGAGAUUUCCUGCCUCAGUGAGUCCCCAGUGGUAAUAGUUUAGGCUGAGUGAAGAUAUUGUUGUGGUGUUUGGGGGUCAGGAAACCUCAGCUGGAACAGUGGGGACAAUCUACAAUGGGGUGGAGGGGUGAAGACUCCCAUCCCUGUUCUGCAACUCCCUCCAUCCUCAUUCAUACUUUCUCCUCCCCCCAAUGUCUGUACCUCUUUAUAAUCAAGGAUAGCUGGGGGCAGGCAAAGGCUCAGAUGAGAGAGAGAGAGAGAGCGAGAGAGAGAGAGAGAGAGAGAGAGAGAGAGAGAGUGUGUGGUGUGUGUGUGUGUGUGUUAAUUUUAAUGUAAGAGUGCUGACCAUUGGUAGGAAUUGAUGAAGCUGGAAGGCAGAAGAAGCAGUGAGCUCCCUGUAUGAGGCCUGUGUUACUGGAUGGGUAACACGUUUCAAUUUUUUCACACAAGUUAGAAAGGAGAACACUUAAUAGCUUGUUUCAAAAUACUGAACAGAGAACAUCACCUUAGGCUGAGAAAGAGUAUAAUGACCGCAGAGGGAAUGUUAUGAACAUUUAACAGGUGGAUAGUCCAACUACCCAUGGUUAACUUACAGGGAAGGAUUACACACAGUAGGCUUGUAUUCACUGGAACUUUGAAGGUUAAGGGGUAAUUCGGUGGAAGCUGAAGAAAUUGGAAUUGAUAGCAGAGUUCCAGAGAAACUACUGCUUUUGGUGAGGAUUCAGAGACUGGAAAAAUUACCUCAAAGUUAGAAGCAGGGUUGGUGGCUUGAAUUAAAAAUCGCUUCAUGUGUACAAGGUGAAAGAAAUUUGGAAUUCUGUUCAGAAACAACCAUUGAUUCUGAGUUAAUUGUUAAUUAAAUAUCUGAGGUUGAUGGGAUCUUUGUUAAGGAAUUACGUUAGUAGAUGCCGUGAGGGCAUAGAUUAGUUGUGAUGUUGAAAGUGGUCUCAUCUUGAUCCUGUGUUUCUGGCCUUGCAACAUUAGCUCUUCCUAUUGGCUGAUCAUGGAUUCAAGACCUAUAACUCAAAUUCACUUGUCCAUUAAUCUAAUACCCUGGAGAAGUUCCGGAGGCUUUCAACAUUUGGUUGCUGUCUGUAGCCAUUACCCCGACUAUUCUAACAAAGGAAUUUGAAGGAGGCAAGCCAAACAGUUUUUUAAAUGAUUCUCUGAUAUUUUUGGCUCUAGGUAUUGUUGCUGUGAUUGUCGGAAGAGCAAUCUUCCAUUCCUGGGGCAGUUCUGCAGGGAUUAUUAUACUCUACAUCUGGAGGCCCAUUGCUAAUGUGUUUUCAGGGCUGGGAGAACCUGUACUAGCAGCUGGUGGGAGGGGUUGCGGGAGAUGGGUGGGAUGAGUUAGAAACUGGUGUACCAUUCACUUACUGUAAAGCAGUCACAUCAGCUGAAUACAACACAGGACUUGGCGUAUUCAGAACAUCUAUCGGCCUGUGGCUGCUUUAGUACCUGCUCCUGCUUUGGGUCAUAUCAUACACAAAUAGGGUGCCCUUCAUUACACAUCUGGUACCUGGAGCACAAGUGACUCCAGAGGAGCACUUGAAACAGUCAUUGACUGAUAAUUUAAUCGUACCAACUAAAUAUUGAUUAAAGUUAAACCUCCAAACUUUAAUGUUUACGCUAAGUUAUUUUGAUGUACACUCAGUGGAAGCUUUAUUAGGUAUGCCUGUACACCUGGUUGUUAAUGCAAAUAUCAAAUCAGCCAAUCAUGUGGCAGCAACUUAAUGCAUAAAAGCAUGUAGACAUGGUCAAGAGGUUCAGUUGCUGUUCAGACCAAACAUCAGAACGGGGGAGAAAUGUGAUCUAAGUGACUUUGACCGUGGAAUGACUGUUGGUGCCAGAUGGGGUGGUUUGAGAAUCUCAGAAAUCGCUGAUCUCUUUGGAUUUUCAGGCACAGCUGUCUCUAGAGUUUAUGGAGAGUGGUGUGAAAAACACAAAAGCAUCCAGUGAGUUGCAUUUCUGUGGGUAAAAACAUCUUGUUAAUGAGAGAAGUCAGAGGAGAAUGGCCAGACUGGUUCAAGCUGACAGGAAGGUGACAGUAACUCAAAUAACCACACGUUACAACAGUGGUGUGAAGAAAAUCUCUGGUUACACAACAAUUCAGAGUGCAUGGGCUACAGCAGCAGAAGAUCAUGAAGUAAACUCAAUAGCUACUUUAUUAGGUAUAGGAGGGAGCCACUGAGUGUAGAUGAAAACUAAUUAGCUAGUUCAUUAAAGAAAAAAGAGAUCUAGUACAGAAUGUUGUCAAAGUCUUAUAGCAGUUCUGAUUACAGUAUGGGAGUCUAAUUUAUGGAUCAAUAAAAUGCAGUUGUCGCAUUAAUGCUUUGCACUGAAGUAUUAGAGACAGUCACCAGUCUUCCAUGGCUUUGUGUUCUGAAGAUGGGUGACUACGUUGGAAUGGCAGGCUAGCCCAUCAGAACUCAAACCUGAACAACCUAUUUAAAUAAAGAAAGAAUCAAGGAUCGUGGUGUGGGUGUAACGUGCAAAAAAAAGCAACAUCUAAAUAAUAAAUAAUUAUCUAAAUAAUAAAUAAUUAGAUAAAAAUGAAGUUAGAAGUACAGAAAUGGAAUAAAAAGUGCAUAAAUAUAUAAAUAUCAGCAUAUAUUUAUAAAGUAAACAGCAUUAUAUAAAGUGGUUUAAAGUGUUUGCAGUGCAGUGACAGGGUUACAGAUAGAGGGGAGAGGGGUGGGGCUUUGGAAUGGUUGAUCACAUUAGCUACCUGGGUGUAGAAGUUUUUAAGAUGCUGUGAAGUUUUUGUUUUAAGGUGCUUUCCAGAAGGAGGCUUUCCGAAACAGCAGUUUGCUGGGUGGGUAGAUCCGCAAUGACUUUUCCUGGCCGCUUCAUUGUCCUGGAUCCAUACAAGUCCUGCGGUGAUGGUAGACUGCAGCCAAUGGUCUUUCCUGCUGACCUGACAGUUCACUGUAGUUUCUGUGUAUUGUGAAGGGAUAUUGCACCAAACCAGACAGUAAUGGCUGAUGUGAGUAUGCUCUCUAUGAUGGCAUUGUAGGAGAGGUAUGUUCUGGAACAAUAAAAGAUGAAUUCACGGUUAUAGCAACAACAACAAAUAUUGGCAAGCUCCCCAGCCAACUUUGAUUAGUUUACUGAACCAACACAGUCACCAUGGCAACAGGUUAGGCCUCCAUCAUGAAGUCAUGGCACCCACCCAUCUCUGCUGCAGAAUGACACAGGAUCUCCUCAGCCACAGAAAGUUUCUGUCUGUGGGUCAGUGGCAGAGAAUUUGAGAGCCCUUAAGUUGAGCACUUGUGGAAGUCCGGUCUCAGUAGCAGUCAGAUUAGACUCUGUUUAAAUCAUGUUUAACUGGUUGUGUAUGGAUUUUUUUUCUGUAAAAAAAAACCUCUCUGUUCCACUUUGAAUUGCAAGUAAUCUUUCCUGAAUUCUGUACUUAAUAAAUCUAUUUCUAUAUUUGCAAUAGAUUUGCUAUA